AUGUUGAUACAGAAGCGCGUGCCAGAGGUGGCCGGGAAUGGAGAUGGAGAUGAUGGCAAACGGAAGGGUGCCAGAGUGGUCGACGUCGAGAUGAAGAGGGAAGUCUUGGAUCUUAUCCAUGAUGGAGAUGAUGAAGAAGAGUCGGGCAAAGAUGCCAACCUGCCGCGAUGUUUGGAUGGUGGUGGUGAUAUCUGA